GGUGUAACCUCUGUGGAUGACAGCAACAGUUACUGGAGGAUACGGGGGAAGACUGCUACAGUAUGCGAGAGGGGAACUCCUGUCAAAUGUGGCCAACCUAUCCGGCUGACACAUGUCAACACUGGAAGAAACUUGCACAGCCACCAUUUCACCUCCCCUCUGUCUGGUAACCAGGAAGUCAGUGCAUUUGGAGAAGAAGGUGAGGGUGAUUAUCUGGAUGACUGGACAGUGCUGUGUAAUGGACCCUACUGGGUAAGGGAUGGUGAGGUGCGGUUC